GAGGUCCAGGUGCUCAAGUCGCAGCUGGCGGCCCUGGAGCAAGGCGGGACAAACGUGUCGGACUUGUCCUUCGCGCAGGCGCUCGCCUUCCUCAAGGUGCAAUGGGUCGAACCGCCGGCGAUCUCCACCGCGCACGCCAAGUUCAAGGCCUACGAGUCGCGGCCGCCCACGGCCAGUUCCGCACGCCACAGAGCGGAGAACGCGACUCGCAAGUUGGAUGUUUUCGUCGGCCGCAUCGCUGAGUUCGAGAAGCAGCAGGCCCGCGCGGAGCCCGAGCAGCACACGAAGAUGGUCCACAAGGCGAACUUUGCCGACGUCGGGGACCCGAUCGCCGUGAGGCUGGCUGGCCUCGACGAGGCGGUCACCAGCCCUGCCGAGGGCCAAGCGGCGCUCGAGACGCUGCACCACCUGCAGCGCGAGGACUACGACAGCGAGUUCCAGCAGGGGCUCAAGCGGGCGAUGGCAGCCGUGAGCGCCGAGCAGGUGGUGGCCAAGUAUCUCGGCGAGUUCGAGGCGACGCGUUCCUUCGCCCCCGUCUGGCGCCCCACGUGGUCUCAGAGAAGGAAAAACAUCACGGUCAAGAUCUACCAGCUCGAGGAGCUGGCGACUUGA